AUGGCGGCUCCGACCACGAGCCGUCUCCACCGCCGCCUCCUCCCCGCACUCCCAUCCUGCACCCCUCGCGCCCCGUCCUUCUCAGCCCCCUCAGUCCAGGGACCCAGCCGCCGGCCUACCUCCCGGCUGUACUGCUCGUCGCCGCCGGUACGUGUGGGAGCGCCGCCGUCCGGCAAGGGCGGCGAGUACCGUCCCUCCUUCGCCGACGACUUCCUCCUCGCCUUCUUCCGGGCCAAGAUGGUGGAGGAGGUUGGGUGGGAUUCUCAAAAGCCUGGAUACGACGGGCUGAUCGAAGUUGCGAAUCGCCUCAUGAUCAAGGGGAAAAGUGCUUCAGAGACUGAGCAAUCAGCUGUCCGAGUACUUCAGGCACUGUUCCCACCUCUGUUGCUAGUCCUUUUCAAAGCUCUUUUAGCACCAAUUGCUAAUGGCCAACUUGCUUCCAUGAUGGUAGCUAGAGCAACAGCGCUUUCGUGCCAAUGGCUAAUGGGCACAUGUUCAGUGAAUUCUGUAACACUGCCCAAUGGGAAGUCGUUAUCUAGUGGGGUGUUUGUCGAGAAGUGUAAAUAUUUGGAAGAGAGCAAAUGUCUUGGCAUUUGUAUCAACACGUGCAAACUGCCAACUCAGACCUUCUUCAAGGAUCACAUGGGCGUCGAUUUGUAUAUGGAGCCAAAUUUUGAAGACUAUAGCUGCCAGUUCAACUUUGGAGUGCCACCCCCACCUCCUGACACGGACAAGGCCCUGAAGGAACCAUGCUUGGACAUAUGCACAAACGCUAGACGGCGCAGAGAGCUUGGCAGCAGCGGUGGCCCGGAUGGUCUAUGCCCCCAAGUUUGA